UAUCAUCAUUCGCGCGGUGCUUUUCAAUGUUGCCGCAGAAUUAAUUGCAAUAUAAAGCGCAGUACGAACGCCUUUUGUGGAGAAUAAGAAAAUUAUUGUGAUAUUGUUGAGAUGAAAGGUUGCGGCAUAGCAGUGGCCAUACUGGUUUCAGUAUUACAAUGUGGAGCUGAAAACCGGGAUGUUAAUAAUAUUUGCCUAGGAGCUCCAAAUUUAAGUUAUGUCGCAAGUCUAAUUUCGUGCAGUUAUUACUACGCUUGUAUUGACGGUGUCGCCUAUGGAUACAGUUGCGAAGAGGGAAAAUGGUUUUCAACAGAGCUUCAAUCUUGCGUACAUCCAGAGGAUUCGGAUUGUGAUAUUGAGCAACCGCCGGAACUACCUACUCCUCCUCCACCUACUCCAUCUCCAAUGUGUGAUGAUGUACCAGACUUCAGCUAUCUGCCAUCAACAGAAAGCUGUCAAAUAUACUAUCAGUGCAUCGAUGGCUUUGCGUACAGGUUGUCAUGUCCUGCAUAUUAUUGGUUUAAUGUAACUGCUCAGCGCUGUGGAAACCGCUACGAAUUUGAUUGCGACCUUGACACAACUACCUCGGUACCUCCCACAACACCAGCUAACCGCUGUGCCUUUGAGCCCAACUUCGGACUGGUAGAAAAUCCUUCAUUCUGCGACAGAUUUUUCUUUUGUAUGAGUGGCAUGGAAUUCCCAAUGAUAUGCUGGAAUGAACUGGUCUUCGACUAUGAAAAGCAAACCUGUGUAAGUCCUGACCAAUCUGAUUGCGAUGUAACUGAACCCACUCCGAGCCCAGAACCUGAGCCUAAUCUUUGCGAAAAUGUCGAUGAUGGGCAGAGCGUUCUAGAUAGCAGAUACUGCAACCAGUAUCUUACUUGUCAAAAUGAGAUUGGAGUUUCCGCCGUCUGUACUGAUGGAUUAUGGUUUGACCAGGAUCAGCAGGAAUGCGUUCAUCCGAUCGAUGCCUACUGUCCACAUGGAGGAAACUCAGCUUCACCAACUCCGGAUGUGUGCAUAGGAAUCGAAGACGGUGCCUUUGUUGCUUCGCCAUACGAUUGUGACAGUUACUACGUGUGUGCUAAUGAGGUAGCAUAUCGACUAUUCUGUCCUCCAAAGCAACACUUCGAUGCAGAUCGCAACAUGUGUGACGAUAGUAGUCUAGUCGUUUGCCCACUUUAAAAACCAAAGUGUAUCUCUAGUCCUUAUACGUGUGACACAUAAAAUUUAACUGCAGAAUACAUUUAUCAAACCUGUUCAAUUAAUUUA